AUGCUGACACUGGGCAGUGUUUUACUGCUUAUGGUAGCAGCAUCUGUUGCCAACAUAGGCAAGGAUCCUACCCUUGAUUCAGACUGGGAACGCUGGAAGGCAAUCUACCAAAAGCAGUACAGCAGUGAGGAGGAAGAGCUUUCCAGGCGCUUGAUCUGGGAAAAAACCUUGAAAAUCAUUACAGUUCAUAACUUGGAAGAGUCAAUGGGAAAGCAUUCAUACACAAUGGCUAUGAAUGGCUUUGCAGACAUGACAUCUGAGGAAGUAACGGCUACAAUGACAGGGCUCAGGGUAUCCAACUCAGAAAUGGAUAACCUCACAGCUGAUUGGCCUCAAGAAAGUAUUCAGGAUCAGGCCCCAGACUGCAUAGAUUGGAGGAAGAGCGGUUAUGUCACCAAUGUAAAGAACCAGGGAUCUUGUGGUUCUUGCUGGGCUUUCAGUGCUGUGGGGGCCUUGGAAGGACAACUGAAGAAGAAAACAGGGCGUUUGGUGUCACUUAGUCCCCAGAACCUAGUAGACUGCUCUUGGAAAUAUGGCAACCAUGGUUGCCAUGGAGGCUUUAUGACUGGAGCUUUCAGAUAUGUUAUAAACAACCGCGGCAUUGACUCAGAAACGUCGUACCCAUAUGAAGGUCGGGACAAUAAUUGCCGUUAUAAAACUUCUGGACGGGCUGCCACCUCUGUCAGCUAUAAAAAAAUACCUGAAGGAAGUGAAACUUAUCUUGAAAGAGCAGUGGCUUCAGUGGGACCAAUAUCUAUUGGUAUAGAUGCAAGUUUGAGAUCCUUCCAGCAUUACCAUAGUGGUGUGUACUAUGACUCAGAAUGCAGUUCUUCACAUAUAAACCAUGCCGUUCUUGUUGUGGGAUAUUGUGUGGACAAAGGUGUGCCAUAUUGGCUUGUCAAAAACAGCUGGGGAACCAGAUGGGGUGAUCACGGUUAUAUCCGGAUGGCAAAAAACAGAGGCAACCUUUGCGGAAUAGCUUCAUUUGCCAGCUACCCACUGAUGUGA